CGACGCCAUCUCUUUGAUCCGUCGGAUCACCCAGGACUUUCGGAAGAAGGCAUGACACACUGCAUGUUUUAUCCCUGUAUCCGAUUGGAGCGAGCGGGGAUGUGCAUCGCCAUGUCAUCCUUAUCGGAUAACCAGGACGGCUACUCUCGGGCUGUCAUUUGAAUAUAAAUGAGCGGGUGCUUGUGAGAAACUUGCCAUCAUUCAUUCAACGAUCUAACAUGCUUUGACACAUAAUGGCAGAUGCGCAGGCGUCUAGUUGGGACCGCGAUGCUCUCAGGGCUCGUUUCUGUCUCGCGUUAUCGGACAUGUACAAACAGGAAGUUCCUCUCUACGCAGAUUUGAUCGAAAUUGUCAACGAGGUCGACGAUAAUGUCGUUUCAGACCGAUUAGCACAUCUAAAUGGAGCAAGUUCGUCGCUCGCGGAGGCCCCGUACGAGCUGCCACCGAGACAUCGAGUGGAGAGACAUGGAGCGAUUCGAUUAGGCACGCCAUACGAGCUUACCACCAUUAGACGUCUUUUUGCAAUCUUUGGGAUGUACCCUGUGGGUUAUUAUGACCUUACGGUCGUUGGAUUUCCACUCCAUGCUACUGCUUUUCGACCAGUGGAGACUGCAGCUCUGAACAAGCAUCCCUUCCGUGUUUUUACCACUCUUCUUAGACAAGACCUUUUGUCGGAGGAAAUCAGAAAUCUGGUUGGGGGCAUUUUAUCAAGACGGAAACUCUUCACAGAUCGCCUGCUUGAACUCAUCGAAACGGCAGAGAGGAACCAUGGGCUCGCAGCAGCUGAGACAGACGAACUGCUCUCCGAGGCGCUGAAGACCUUCAAAUGGCACUCCGCUGCAACAGUCACUAUUGAUGAAUACAACCGGUUGAAAGCAGAACAUCCAAUAGUUGCAGACAUCGCUUCUUUUCCGAGUGCACACAUUAAUCAUCUGACGCCACGGACUCUGGACAUCGAUCUCGUCCAAAAGACCAUGGUGGAAAGGGGAAUUCCUAGUAAAGAGCGGAUCGAGGGUCCUCCACCGCGAACGUGUGAGAUCCUUCUGCGGCAGACUAGCUUCAAAGCUCUGGAAGAGCGUGUCCGUUUCUAUUCUGACCAACAGAGCUCCUGGAUCGAUGGGAGUCACACUGCCAGAUUCGGCGAGAUUGAACAGCGCGGAGCUGCAGUCACACGCAAGGGACGAGAGCUUUAUGACAAGCUUCUUUCUGAAGCGUAUCGGCAAGCACAGAAUGAUUCAGAUGGCUUUGAUGGAGCCCUGAGAAGCUCGUUCCAGAAUUACCCAGAUAACUGGCUUCAGCUCAGGUCGGAGGGGCUUAUUUUCGUUCGAUAUAAACUUACCUCAAGAGGAGAGGAACGAUCAGGUCAUGCCAAAGACGCAGAUAGCAGCCCAAGGAGCGUAUCGGAACUCAUAAGAGACCGUCUCCUAGAUUUUGAUCCCAUCACUUACGAGGACUUCCUACCAGUCUCCGCUGCCGGAAUAUUUACAUCCAACCUGAAGAAGGACACGAGGGAAACAGCUAUGCGGCAAGGGAAACCGGAUCGAGAGAAUUUUGAACGGAAUUUAGGAACGACCGUAUCGGACGAGUUUCUGCUGUAUGAAGAAAUGGAAAGGAAUAGUUUGGAGGAGUGUCGGAUCGCACUAGGCCUUGACACGAUCACCAAGGACUAAAGUAUUGAGACGGGGGAGCUGUAAUGCAUUACUAUAGUAGUGCCCCAAAGAUUUAUUUGUCGGGACUGAUAGAGAUAUGAAGAUAACCUUCCUUUGUUGGCGACUAUUCAAUUGCUAAUCGCAGUAUACCUAUUAAAUUUAAUGAGAAAUUCCAUCCCUCCAUAACACAUUGGCGAAUCAAACAUUGGCAUCAGACUCUCAUGCAAAGGA